AUGGGGUUCUUCGCUGGAUUUUUCAGCGGUUUUGCCCUUACUAGCUCGGUCCUGUACAUCACUAUACAAGUCCACCGCACUAACCGGUUGGAACAACGCCGAGUAAUCCGGGAACAAGUUGAUCAGAUCAGCUGGCUCGCCUCCUCCGCUGGCGUAUAUGACCGUCGCUUUGCUCCCGCAGAUGUUCCCCGCCGCAUUGAAGACAGACAUUCCAAGAAGGAGGAGGAGAUUACUAUGAAGGAGGUCUUGAAGCAUCGGUGGAACCAAGAAGUUGAGAAACUCGCCCGGAAGGCGCAUGAGACUCGAUGGGAGGAUAUCAGAGAUACAGCAGUGCAUAGCUGGACAACAGCCAGGGAUCUCUUCAAGAAGGAAUGA